AUGGGGACGGGGUGGCGGAGGGCGCUGUGCACGUCGGUGAGCCGGGACGACAGCGACGGCGGGAGCGCCAAGCGCCGCCCGCCGCCGGCGCGCGGCGACGCGCCGGCGACCCCGCGGAAGCUGGCCUUCUUCUCCGGCAUGGGCGGCGGGGGUGGGGGGAGCAACCCGCCGGCCCCCGCGCUGCGGUGCCGCACGAGGCCGACGGCGGAGCCGGAGAGCGUGGCGCCCAUGACGCCGCCGCAGCCGGCGUCGGCGCCGGUGUCGGCCAGGAAGCGGGUGCCGCUGCUGCAGGCCAUCUCGGCGCCGUCCUCGCCCAGAUCCCCCUCCAGAUUCGCGCUCUUCAAGGCCUCCAUCCUCCCCACCAAGGCGCGGUGCGGCGUGUGCACGCGGGGCGUCAAGAACGGCGGCGGCGCGGCGGUGUUCACGGCGGAGUGCUCCCACUCCUUCCACUUCCCCUGCAUCGCGGCGCACGCGCGCGCGGCCGCCUCCGGCGCGCUCUGCUGCCCGGUCUGCUCCGCGCCGUGGCGCCAGGCGCCGUUCCUCGCCUCGCUCCGCCUCCACCUCGACGCCGACGGCUCCCCGCACCGCAAGCACAGGACCUCCGACGACUCCCGCAAGACGGCGCCGGUGACGGCCAAGGCCGCCGGCGUGCCCAAGGUGUACGACGACGACGAGCCGCUGCUGGCGCCCAAGUCCGCCGCCAACGGCAGCGGGUUCAACCCGAUCCCGGAGGCCGACGAGGACGGCGACGAGGGCGAGGGCGAGGGCGAGGAGGCCGGCCGGGAGGGCGAGUUCCGGGGCUUCUUCCCGCACCCGCCGCGGGUGCGGACCGGGCUGGCGGUGACAGUCGCGCCUGAGGCCGCGCUGGUGUCGUCCGGGCGGAGGCACGGCAAGUACGUGGUGGUGGUGAAGGUGAAGGCGCCGGCGCUGCGGUCGUCGGCGUCGCGGCGCGCGCCCAUCGACCUGGUGACGGUGCUGGACGUGAGCCAGGGCAUGAUGGGGGAGAAGCUGCAGAUGCUGAAGCGCGGGAUGCGGCUGGUGAUCGCGUCGCUCGGCCCCGCCGACCGGCUCUCCCUCGUCGCCUUCUCCGGCGCCGCCAAGCGGCUGAUGCCGCUGCGGCGGAUGUCGCGGCAGGGGCAGCGGUCGGCGCGGCAGAUCGUGGACCGCCUCGUGGUGUGCGCCGCCGCGCAGGGGCAGGAGCAGCAGGCGCAGGGCGCCUGCGCCGGCGACGCGCUGCGCAAGGCCACCAAGGUCCUCGAGGACCGCCGCGACCGCAACCCCGUCGCCACCGUCAUGCUCCUCUCCGACACGCAGCAGCAGCAGCAGCAGCAGGACGCGAGGAAGCACGGCGACCACCACCACGCCCUGCGCCGCCCGCAGCCGGCUCCGGCGGCGGCGGCCACGCGGUUCACCCACGUCGAGAUCCCCAUCGCCGGGCCCGGGCCGGCCGACGACGCGCCGGCGCGGUCGCCGCUCGCGCCCAAGCAGGAGGAGCAGCUGGAGUCGAGCGCCCCCGCGGAGCACGCCUUCGCGAAAUGCCUGGGCGGCCUCGUCAGCGUGGUGAUGCAGGAGGUGCACCUGGAGCUCGCCUUCCCGACGGGGGAGAUCACGGCGGUGUACUCCUGCGGCGCCGGGCAGCAGGCCGUGGCCCUCGCGGGCGGCGCCGGCGGCAGCGGCGGGUCGGCCCUGAGCGUGCGGCUCGGCGAGAUGUACGCGGAGGAGGAGCGGGAGCUGCUGGUGGAGCUGCGGGCGCCGCUGGGCGCGCACCCGCACGCGCUGUCCGUCCGGUGCGCGUACCGCGACCCGGCGUCGCAGGAGACGGUGCGCGGCGCCGAGCAGCCGCUGCUCCUGCCCCCGCUCCACGACGGCGGCGGCGGGGGGAGCUCCACGUCCUCCUCGCAGCAGCGGCUCCACGACCUGUUCGUGGCGACCCGCGCGGUGGCGGAGUCGCGGCGGCUGGCGGAGCUGGGCGACUUCUCGACGGCGACGCACCUGCUGUCCUCCGCGCGGCGGCUGGUGCUGCAGUCCCCGCCGACGCAGCAGCAGCAGGACCUGCUGGGCGGCCUGGACACGGAGCUGGGCGACAUGCGGUGGCGGCGCGGCCAGCAGCAGCCGCCGACGCCAACAUCCCGGUCAGCGACGCCCUCCGGCACGCCGCGAGCAUCAUCGGGCGGCGGAGGAGGGGGCGGAAGCGAGCCGCUGACGCCGACGUCGGCGUGGCGCGCGGCGGAGCAGCUGGCGAAGGUGGCCAUCAUGCGCAAGUCCAUGAACCGGGUGAGCGACCUGCACGGCUUCGAGAACGCGCGCUUCUGA